CAUUUCAAGAUGUGGAGUUGCUACGACGCGCACUGACGCAUGCAUCAUACUCAGGAGAGAACAAUAGAGCUUUGAGCAUUUUGGGGGAGAAGGUGAUUGAGGGUCCGGUUUCUCUGCAAUUGCUUAGCAAGGACAUCGACAUGCCCCCCAAGGAUCUCAACCGGGUUAUUGUGGAUCUGUCCUCCAAUGUGGUAUCAUCGUGUGUUGCUGACGGAGGACGCUUAGGUUUACAGAAGAUAAUCAGGGUUUCACGGAAGACCAAUUUGUCGGCUCCUGCAGUGGUUUGUGGUGCUUUCAGGGCGGUGUUCGGAGCAAUUGCAAUUGACAAGAGUAGCUUGGACAGUGCGGGGAAGGUGUUCUUGACAAUUCACGGGAAAGGCAUGGAGAAAGCUAUGGCAAUGUAAGUACCCAACUAUUGUUGAUGUUGGCUGACAUAUUUCUAGUCAGGGGAACUUUGUUUAUUAUGUGUUGAAGAUUAGCCACUGUGUGUUUAGCUUAGUAUGCACUAUGCAACUAGUUGACUUCGUAAACUUGAACUAUGUUAUGUAUCGAAAUCAUUUGUGUCCACUGCAAGUGGAAUAAUUUUCUUUAAAACCGAGACAUCCACAAGGGUCGGUGGCACAUGGUUCAAGACACUUUGGCUUGAAGCCAUGACCUGCGCCUAAUGACAAGUUGUGUGUUGCGCUCUUACCACUA